UCCCUCCUUCCUCCCUCCUGCCUCUCCUUGUCCUCUCCCGUCGCUUUCUGAAACUCGGGAGGAGAGCAGGAUGGAGGACAGGGUGUGGACAGUGUGCCUUCUCGUCACUCUGACGCUGGGAUGGACCGGGGCUCAGAGUCAGACCAACUACACAAGGCCCGUGUUCAACUGCGGAGGCCACCUGGUGACAGACUCGGGCAUCGUGGCCAGCGAGGGAUUCCCCAGUUACUACAAACCCAACAGCAAAUGCACCUGGUACAUCACUGUCCCAGAGGGUCAUGUGGUCAUGCUCUCUUUCCGCCUCUUCGACAUGGAGGCCGACCCCACCUGUCGGUACGACUACCUGGACGUCUACAACGGUCACUCUCGCUUGGUUCAGAAGCUGGGUCGCUUCUGUGGGACCUUCCGGCCCGGCGCCCUCAUCUCCACCUCCAACACUAUGAUGCUGGAGAUGGUGUCAGACGACGCCACUGGAGGAAGAGGCUUCCUGGCCUCCUUCAGUGCAGGAAAACCACAUGUGGAAGAGAACCAGUUCUGUGGAGGACGGCUGAUCAAAUCUCAGGGCUCUGUCAAGACGCCCAACUGGCCCAACUCUAAUUACCCAGCAGGCAUCAGCUGCUCCUGGCACAUCUCAGUAGAACCAAGCAAUGUGAUUGAGGUGAAGUUCAUGAAGCUGGACUUGGAGCCCGACACAUACUGUCGCUACGACUACGUGGCAUUGUUUAACGGGGGAGAGAGGGAUAACUCACGGCGGAUCGGGAAAUUCUGCGGAGACAGGUCACCAGGAACUAUUGUGACAAAUGGGAACGAGCUCCUUGUUCAGUUCGUCUCUGACCUCAGCGUCACCUCAGAUGGCUUCAUGGCCUAUUACUCCAGUGUGCCCCGCGGGUCUCGGACACCCACCGCAGGGGGAGACUUCAUCUAUGGACCUCAGACCACCUCAAUGCCAGAAAAAGCAACCAAGCCCACUAAACCAACCCCCAAACCCAGACCUGGCCUUCGGCCUAAACCCACCCCUAAACCAGCUAAAAAACCACUGGUGAAGAUACCGCUGAAACCUCCACCACGCAAACCUAUUGUCAAGCCCACACCUAAACCCAAACCAGCUAAACCCACACCUAAAGCACCUGUUAAAAAGCCUGCACUUAAACCUGGAGCUAAACCUACACCUAAACCCAAGGUUAUUAAACCAACGCUCAAACCAGGCAUUAAGGCUAAGCCCACACGUAAGCCUGCACUGAAGACCAAACCCACCUUAAAACCUGGAGUCAAACCAGUGAAGCCAACAUCUAAGAGUGGAGUUAAACCAACGGCCAAACCAAAGAUCAAGCCUAAAGUGACACCCAGACCUGGAGUGAGCAAGACAGUCACGAAGAAGCCCGUUGUGAGCAAAAAACCCUUACCACUGAACCCACAGUGUACACAAGCCUGUGCAAGGACAGGAACUCUCCAAUCCAGCUUCUGCCCUAAUGACUUUGUGAUUACGGGUAAGGUUACAGGUUUGACCACUGGCCAGAGGGGCUCAGCUACAGUUGAGCUAUCUGUAAUCAAGGCCUAUAAGGCAGGACAACUGAAUAUCACCAAGUCAGGGCCUGUCAUGUCAGUCAUUCUGACCUCCACCUGCAAGAGAUGCCCUGGGCUAAUUAAAGGUAAGAACUACGUGUUGAUGGGAAAAGUCGACGCACAGGGCAACGGCCUCCUCAGCCCCUCCAGUUUUGCUCUCCUCUAUAAACCCAUCCACGCCAAAGCACUGGCCAAUCUCUCCCGCAAACCCUGCUGACAUCACAGCUCAGCCCACCAAU